AUGAUUGCAGCAAUAGCUACAACGUUGAUCACUGUUAUUCUACUUUUUAUGGUAAAAGUAAGCGCAAAUUGGACAGACUCUGCACAAACCUUCGAACCCCAACUCAAAACUUGGAGCGUAGGAUCAGGCUCAUCAUGACAGAUUAAACAACUGAUCAUGAGUACCAAAGAAGACGCCAUCUUCGGAUCGGGAGUCUGCAACUCUAGAAACUCUGUAACACAAAUCUUCAAACGAAACUUCGAUCUUUCGAAUGUUUGGAAUAUCUUUAUUGAUGCUGAACCUGACUACAACGGGUUUACAAUCGAUCAAAGCGAAACCAGCGGGUUUCUGGUAUCUGAAGAUACUAUAGAAACCAGACUUGUAAAGCUUAAUCUCACUGCCGGAAGCACUCUGGAGUUCAAAAGAUACACCAAUAUUAUGAAAGCAAACAGCAUUGUUGUGACUGGUUCUUAUGUUAUUAUUGGAGCAAAAUCUUCACUUGGAGCCAAUCCACCUAUAAUCGUAAUUUUUCAUGCAUCAGAUAUUUCACUGUACAGAGAACUCACUUUAAGUUCAACAAGCUUUGUUGCUGUCCACCAGAUUUCAUCUUCAUCAGAAUUUGGAUACUCAGUACUAGGAGCAGUUUCAUCAUCAACUCGGAGAAAUCUGGCAUCAGGCAGUGGGUCUACUGUAGACUUUGCAAAGUGUGACAUCUUGACCGAGAACACAUUGACACUGCGCCUGAGUUGCUCCACUAACGAAUGUGAAACAAGCACUGGAGCAAGAAUGAUAAGUCUGAGUAGUGGGAAAUACUUCGCUGGAGUUACUGUGAAUUCUGGAAAGUCGCUAUUUGUAGAGAUCAAUGAAGACUUCAACACCAAAGUCAUAUAUUCAACUGAUAUCGAAGCAUCAUCUUUAUAUAUCUACUCACUCUCUGAACCAAAGGAAGCUCCAUUUAUCUAUGCAUUAAUCUCUCAAAGUGAACAAGGAAGAUCAUCUUCUUCAGGAUUCUCGAUUCUAAUAAUUGAUUUGAAUCAGCAUAAGAUUAAGGCUUGGAGCCAGAAUCCUUUUAUGGCAGUUUCAUUUGCUAUGAAGUAUGGUUUCAUAUUCAUUGGAGGCACUAAUACAGAUACAAAUGAUGGAAUACUACUUAAAACCAUUCCAACAGAUCUGCACUUACUUAGUGAAUCUCUGAAGUUUACACUCAAUGAAUACACAAUGCAAGCAGUUGAGGAUACAUCAUAUUCUUUAUCAACCACCACCUCGACGAAUAUAAGCAAUAAGAAUGAGGACAAAUGGCACAAUGAUUCUGAAAUAGCCGUAAAUCAGGUUAGACACAAAGAUACAGAUACAGAAAUUUCAUCUGCUGAUUCAUCAGAAGCAGACCCGAUUAAAAUUUUCCAAUUUAGUAAGGAUGAGCUAAGUGCCUCAGAUUUAGCUAGCCCACGCAGAAAUUUACAGCUACCUUCUUGAACUAUAUCUCACUGUGAAGUGUGUUCAUCAGUGCUAACAAAUAUUUGUAUAAGAUGAGAAUCAGGCUACACCCUCAAUGGAAUAUCAGAAUGACUAAUUGAGAGCAUAAAUAAUGCAAAUAACACAGCAAAUAACACAGUAAACGAAACUGCUGAGGGAAUCAUACCAGACGAGCCAGUGCAAGAAGCACUAGGAACUACUACAGCUGCAGUCACAGGGACUAGUACCUCUUCUGGAGUUGCAUCUGCAGCAAUAUCUGCAGGUUCAAGAUCAUCUGCUUGGGUGAUGAUUAAUCAAUAUCAGUUACUGAUUUCUACUCCUACUCUGGAAACAGGGAUGCCUGAUGAACUAUUGGCUUUCCUUGACGAGUUUUCCUUCUUCACAUUCAACUUCGAAUUCCUAGACAGCUGGAAAUGGCCUGUAUCCGAAGGCAUAGUAGAAGAAUUCGACUUCCCUCAGCCAGCCAAUGGGCUGAAGCUCAUCGGAUAUGAGUCUGGAAGUAUUAUAGUCAACCAGUAUAAUUUUUCGAAAGUUGUGGUCGUUGUUCUGCUUGUGCAUGCAGUUUUUGUGGUACUAUACUGUGCACUGAAGAAGAAGUGACAAGAGAGUUGGGGUUUUCAGAAGAUUUCAGAAUUUCUUGGGAAGUUAUUCGUUUUUGGGGCGUAUGUGAGAAUUGCUAUAGAAGGGUUUUUGUAUGUGCUCAUUAACUCUUUGUCUGAAAUUCGAGAGAAUGCUACCGAUAUAAAGGAAGGAUUUUCAUAUGCAGUGGCAAUCGUGGUUACAGUUGUCUGAUUGUCUAUCCCAGGUCUCAUGCUUUGGCAUUAUCUGAGAUACAGAAAUGAAGAAGAAUUUCCUAAAAAGAGCAAAUUUUCAGAAUUCUAUAGUGGAUUCAAAAGUGGAUGGUUGGCAAAGCCAUAUCAUUUAUACUUCUUUAUAAGGAGAGCACUCAGUGCAUGUAUCAUUGUAUUCCUAAGACCAGCCCCAGUAUUAGUAAGGCUAAUCCUAUUUGAUAUUGUGCAACUAUGAGGACUAUUAUAUGCCAUUAUUGUUAGACCUUACAAGCAUCUUAGAAACAAUAUUAUGGAGAUCUUGAACGAAACUCUGUUCCUCAUCUUCUGAAUUCUUAUAACCAUCUUGAACAAAGAGCAAGACUGGAGUUCAAGCUUAGCCAACAUAGUCCUCAUAGUCAUCAUGACCAAUGGAUUAAUUAUUGCUCUAAUCCUUCUUGUCACGACUGUGAAAGACCUUGUCAAAUUUAUAAGGAAAUGUAGGAAAAAGAGACAGGAGAAGAAGCAGCAAGAAAGCAAAGAGAUAAGUGAGGAAGACAGAUGGCAUAAUGUCAUGGAGGAAGGGAAAUCGAAAGAAUUUGGUGAGGAAAAGAAACAAGAUGAGGACUUGAGGGAUGAGAAGGAGUCUGAACCAUGAAAGGUGGUUAAAGGGGAUGGAUUAGAUGUUUUUAAUCAUAAGAAUGAAAUUGAGAUGCAAAACAUAACUAAGCAAUCUAGCCAUAAAACUUACAAAGCAACAGAAGAGGACCUAAAUCUACCAAAUUCGCUUAACAAAGCUUCUAUCUCCCCUUCCAUCUCAAACCCCUCCAACAGCAACUCUGCAAACUCAGAAAACUCCGAAAACCCUAGUUCAAGUCUAUAACCCCCACUUAAAUCCAACCUCCAUUUCUAAUUUCAAUAUUCC